CAUCACAAACAGCAGCCUACUGCACUGGCAGAUAUAGGAUAUAAUCUAGCUAUUUAUAGGUUAAACGUUCUGAUAAGUUUUUAAAUGACAAAAAUUUGUUUGGUUGACGUUUUUUCCCCAUAGGUCUCCACUAAGACGUCAUGUGCAUGCAGACAAUUCAUAAAAAAGAUAUCACUAGAAACACGAAUGUCAUGUGAGAAGAAGUGACAUUGUUUAAAAACACUAGUUAACCCCUUUGAGGAGUCAUCUGAUGUGAUUAUUUUGUGAAGCCGGUAUUUGGUAAUGGGAUCAAACUGCAAUUAUUGUAAUGUAAAGCCGGUCCAACUUGAAGUCGUAUUCCUUCUGGAGUUCGUCUUAAACGUUGUAUGAAGCGAUCUCCUAAAAGCAGUUGCAGGGGUGCAUUUCUGAGUUGCAAUUACAGCUUCAGCCGCGCUCAGACGAUUCCCCCAAUCUUGCUCCCAACCCUAGAUUUCGCCGCCGAGGAUGGCGGAAAAGACGGAUACAAUAAUGGAGGACAGGUCUUGGGACAGUUUCUCGGUCUCCGAAGAGGCUACGUGAGUUAGUCAAAGGCCUGCACGGUUCUCUUCUCUCGCUGCGUCCCCCCUCCCUCCUCCUCCGCUCGCAGAAAUCUAUAAAGAACAAAAAAUCCGACAGGGGAGGGGGGGUUGAUACGCCGAAGCUGAAAACGAGAGGAGAACCCAGGAAAGGAGAGUGUUUUGUGUACGAGACUUUCCCCCCCUUCGUGUCAAAAAGGAGGGGGAAAAGUCAACCAUUCAAAGGGAAGGAAAAAUAGAAAAUUCCGUCAGGACUCAAAGGGAAGAAGUCCGUCUUUCGUGGAUAUAGCUAUAUUUUUAAUUCGUAAAAAUAUGGCCGAGAACGUUCUGGACUCUGGCCCGCCUUCAGCCAAGAGGCCUAAACUCUCCUCUCCGGCACUUUCUGUCUCCGCCAGUGAUGGAAACGAUUUCGGCUCACUGUUCGACCUGGAGCACGACCUCCCGGAUGAGCUCAUCAGCUCCACGGACCUGGGACUGGCCAACGGCGGGGACCUGGUGCAGCUGCACACCAGCCUGGGCGGCGGGAGCCAGGACGCGGCCGCCAAACACAAGCAGCUCUCCGAGCUCCUGAGGGCCGGGGCCCCUCCGCCCCCCGGCCAGCAAGGCAUGGCCGGCAGCCCGGGCGGGGGCCCCAUGGGCCUGCUGGCCAACAUGAAGUCCUCCCCGGGCCCCCCAGGAAUGGGGCCGCAGCAGCACCUCUCCCCCCAGCAGCAGGGCAUGAUGCAGCAGCAGGGGGGCAUGGUGGGCGGCAUGAACAGGGGCAUGAUGGGGGCGCAGAAGGGCAACGGGCCGCAGCAGGCGCCCACGCCCCAGCAGCAGGGCAUGAUGGUGGGGCAGGUGAUGAACGGCUCCCCCAGGAUGGGCUACUCGAGCCCGGGGAUGGGGAGCAACAGCAACCUGCUGGCGGACUCUCUGCAGCAGCAGGGAGCUGGGGCCCAGACACCACUGCGGGGACAGCAGCCUGGAGCACUGAACAAGAUGGGUAUGAUGGGUAAUGCGGGUCCCUAUGGGGUCCCCUUUGCCCAGUCAGCAGGCCAGGGUCUGGGGGGUGCUGGGCUGGGCCCGCAGCUCCAGAACAAGGCAGGUCUUCCGAACAAUCUGGCCCAGUUCAACAUGGACAAGAAGACCCAGCCCAUGCAGGGCAUGGCCAACAUGGCCUCUCCGCAGGCCUCUGCGGUGGUGCCGGGCGUAGCGGGACCAGGAGGGGCGGGAGGAAUGGUGUCCAGCCCCCAGGGCGGCCUGGGCUCUGCCUCCGCGGCUUCUGCGGCCGCGUCGGCGGCGCCCCCUACAGCCGACCCGGAGAAGCGCAAGCUGAUCCAGCAGCAGCUGGUCCUCCUGCUCCACGCGCACAAGUGCCAGCGGCGCGAGCAGGCCAACGGGGAGGUGCGCCAGUGCAACCUGCCCCACUGCCGCACCAUGAAGAACGUCCUCAACCACAUGACCCACUGCCAGGCCGGCAAGUCCUGCCAGGUGGCGCACUGUGCCUCUUCACGACAGAUCAUCUCUCACUGGAAGAACUGCACCCGGCACGACUGCCCCGUCUGCCUACCGCUGAAGAACGCCGGCGACAAGAGGAACCAGCAGUCUCUCCUGGGCAGCGCCGGAGUGGGCUUGAGCGCUUCGUUAGGGGCCGUCCCGGGGGGUCAGCCGAGCACCCCCAGCCUAAACCCGCCCAGCCAGAUCGACCCCAGCUCCAUCGAGCGGGCCUACGCCGCCCUGGGCCUCACCUACCAGGGCAACCAGGUCCAGACUCAACCGGCCCAGUCUGCGCUGCCUGCCCAGGGCCUGCAGGCCCAGCCGGGCAUGAGGCCUCUGAACGCUAUGGGAGGUAGCCCCAUGGGCGUCAAUGGAGGAGUCGGGGUGCAGUCCCAAAGCCAGUCGAGCCUGCUGCAGGAUGCCAUGCUGCACACCAGCAUCAACGCGCAGAAUCUGAUGAAUGACAGCGCUGGGGUAGCAGCUUUGGGCUCCCUGCCCACGGCGGCCCCGCCCUCCAGCGCAGGCAUGAGGAAGAGCUGGCACGAGGACAUCACCCAGGACCUGCGCAACCACCUGGUGCACAAGCUUGUGCAAGCCAUCUUCCCCACCCCGGACCCGGCAGCACUGAAGGACCGGCGCAUGGAGAACCUGGUGGCCUACGCCCGCAAGGUGGAGGGGGACAUGUACGAGUCGGCCAACAGCAGGGCUGAGUACUACCACCUCCUGGCGGAGAAGAUCUACAAGAUCCAGAAGGAGCUGGAGGAGAAGCGGCGGACGCGGCUGCAGAAGCAGGGCAUGAUGUCCACGCAGCCCGGCCUGUCCCCCUCUUCCCUCACACAGGGGCCCCCCAACCUGGGCCAGCCCCCGCCCCCCAACCCCCUGCCCUCCAACGGCCCCCUCUCGGACCCCUCCCUGGUGCGGCCCCCGGUGCCCAAUCAGAUGGUGAACAGGAUGCAGAACCCCGGAGGCAUGAACCAGUUCAGCCAGAUGGGGAUGCAGUCCCUGGGCCAGCGGUCGACCCCUCCUCUGCAGCUCGGCAGUCCUCUCAACCAGAUGGGCAUGGGGGCGGCGAGGAUGGGCCAGCCCAACGUGGGUCAGCUGCAGAACCAGUACCUCCCCCCCGGCCAGUUCCCCGGGUCGGGCCUGGGGGGCAUGGCCCAGCCGGGCACGCAGGGCGGGAUGGCACAGGCUCGGAUCCCCACCCCUCCCUCUCUCCCCAUCGGGAGUCCCAUCGCCCAGCCCGGGUCGGUGGGGGCCGCGGGUGUAGGGUCCUCCAUGGGGCCCGGCAGCGUCGGCGGGGGCCCCCCGUCUAACCUGGGCCCCCCCUCCAACUCCUCACAGCCCAACUCUCACCCGCACUGCCCCCCUCUCCGCCAGAACUCGCCCUCCCCCUCCCCCGCCCGCAGUCGCACCCCCACCCCCCACCAGACCCCGCCGCACCUGGGGGGCUCCCUGACCCCCCAGCCCCCGACCCCCACCCCGCCGCAGCUGGCCCCACCGGCGCCCCAGAAGCAGGGGCAGGGCGUGGGGCAAGGCGCAGGGCAGGGCGUGAACGCGGACAAGCCCUCCCAGCUGCAGCACCAUCAGGCAGGGCUGGGGUCCGCCGCGCCCCCGCAGACCGGACGGCCCCCCUCGGUGCCCCCCGUCAACCCCGCGCUGGCGCCUCAGCUUCCACGCACGCCGCUGUCCCAGAAGUCCUCUCUGACGGCGGACGGGCAGGCGUCCACGCCGGCCUCCGUCAGCAGCGCGGACACGGGCUCCCUGCAGGCCCCGCCCGACGCCCCCGCCCCGCCGGACCCCAAGGCCGAGGGCAAGCAGCAGCUGGGCGAGGACGACGGGGAGACGGGCGGGGCCACGGGCGGGGCCACAGGCGGGGCCACGGGUGGGGCCACGGGCGGCAAGCGAGCGGACGUGAAGAUGGAGGAGAAGCCCGAGGUGAAGGAGGAGUCGGGGAACGGGGGCAAGUCCGAGCCCAUGGAGACCGCGGCGGGAACGCCCAGCGAAGACCGCAAACCCGAGGUGAAGAUCGAGCCCAAAGAGGAAGAGGAGGGGUCGGGGGGAGCCCAGAACGCCAACGCCCAGUCUAAGAGGAAGAUCUUUAAGCCGGAGGAGCUGCGGCAGGCGCUCAUGCCCACGCUGGAGUCGCUGUACCGCCAGGACCCCGAGUCCCUGCCCUUCCGCCAGCCGGUGGACCCCCAGUUACUGGGAAUACCCGACUACUUUGACAUCGUGAGGACCCCCAUGGACCUGUCCACCAUCAAGCGCAAGCUGGACACGGGGCAGUACCAGGAGCCCUGGCAGUACGUGGACGACGUGUGGCUCAUGUUCAACAACGCCUGGCUGUACAACCGCAAGACCUCCCGCGUCUACAAGUACUGCUCCAAGCUGGCCGAGGUGUUCGAGCAGGAGAUCGACCCCGUCAUGCAGGGCCUGGGCUACUGCUGCGGCCGGAAGCUGGAGUUCUCCCCGCAGACCCUGUGCUGCUAUGGGAAGCAGCUGUGCACUAUUCCCCGCGACGCUGCUUAUUUCAGCUACCAGAACAGGUACCACUUCUGUGAGAAGUGUUUCAACGAAAUCCAGGGCGAGAACGUUUCCCUGGGGGACGACCCCUCCCAGCCUCAGACCUCCAUCAACAAAGACCAGUUUGAGAAGAAGAAGAACGACACGCUGGACCCCGAACUGUUCGUGGAAUGUACCGACUGUGGUCGGAAAAUGCACCAGAUCUGUGUUCUACACCAUGACACCAUCUGGCCCUUAGGCUUCGUGUGUGACGGCUGUCUGAAGAAGGCCAAUAAGUCCCGCCGAGAGAACAAGUACGCUGCGAAAAGGCUGCCCCAGACCAAGCUGGGAAGUUUCCUGGAGGUGCGGGUGAACGACUACCUGAGGAGGCAGAGCCACCCGGAGUCGGGCGACGUCACCAUCCGAGUGGUUCACGUCUCCGACAAGGUGGUGGAGGUCAAGCCCGGCAUG